UCUGACUAAAGUAGCCUCGUCUUAAUUUGUGAUUGGUCAGUACAGACUUGAUUUUGAGAGAAAAUCUAACUAACUAGUGCAAUAGUAUAAAGUGAGAAACACGUUUCUGAUCCUAUCAUUUUACCUUGGAGGUAUUGAAUACCUCUUCAUUAUGUAAAUUAAAUGACAUAACCUUGGGGCACCAUGAUUGAUAACAAGAGGAUAUUUACUUUGACAGCUGAUUAUUAUAUACUCAUAUAUUACAUCUACAUCUAAUACAACUAUAGACUGUCCACCAACAUGUUCUUUUACCUGUUAUUUGUCAUUUAUUUUGAUGAAUUAAUCAUCUGAAGACUAGGGUCAUCUCAAAAUGUAAAAUUGACUGAUAUUUGAUUGUAUUUUGAACAACAUGUAGGAUUAUAUUUAUUUUUGUUAGGAUUAUGGAUAUACCUGUUAAAAGUGAAUGUGACCCAACCAAAAAUGGGCAUUUGAUAAAUAAUUGAAUUCUGACAUGCUUUAGGAUAUAAAUCAUGCAAAGAGAAAAAUAUGCAUAUUAUAGGGUAAUGCCAGCCAACGAGAAAUGAUGUCUGGUCAACAUAACUGGUACGCCUGUUCACAUGCUCGCCCAACAUAUUGUAAUGUCUGUCGUGAAGCCCUCUCUGGUGUUACGUCCCACGGUCUUUCUUGUGAAGUGUGUAAAUUUAAAGCUCACAAACGGUGUGCUGUGAAGGCUCAGAGUACAUGUAAGUGGACCACUUUAGCAGCUAUAGGUAAAGACAUUAUUGAAGAUGAAGAUGGGAUUUCCAUGCCACAUCAAUGGUUAGAAGGAAACCUCCCAGUCAGUGCUAAAUGUACAGUCUGCGACAAAACUUGUGGUAGUGUACUCAAACUGCAGGACUGGAGAUGUCUCUGGUGUAAAGUAAUGGUACACUCAAAUUGUAAAGAAGAAUUGUCAAGGAAAUGUCCACUUGGUCAGUGUAGAGUGUCAAUACUGCCACCUACAGCUAUUAACAAUAUAGACUGUGACGGAUACUGGGAAGCUACACGACCUAAUCGUACUAGUCCCUUACUUGUAUUUGUUAAUACAAAAUCUGGUGAUAAUCAGGGUGUAAAGUUUUUACGACGAUUUAAACAGCUUUUAAAUCCAGCUCAGGUUUUUGAUCUCAUGAAUGGUGGACCUCAUCCAGGACUACGAUUAUUCCAGAAGUUUGAUCAGUUUAGAAUAUUAGUAUGUGGUGGGGAUGGUAGUGUUGGAUGGGUCUUAUCAGAAAUAGAUAAAUUAGAACUGCAUAAACAGUGUCAGAUUGGUGUCCUACCCUUUGGUACUGGUAAUGAUUUAGCCAGAGUACUAGGUUGGGGUUCAACAUUUGAUGCUGAAACACAACUGCCUGUGAUAUUAGAAAAACUAGAACAUUCACAAAUAAAAAUGUUAGAUAGAUGGAGUAUAUGGACAUAUGAGGGUACCAUGCCUCCACCUCGUAAACUGUCUCAGCAGUUUGAUCUAAUAUCUGUAUAUGAAGAUUCUGUUGCUAAUCAUCUUUCCAAAAUAUUACAUUCCGAGGAUCAUUCUAUUGUUAUAUCAUCUGCAAAAGUUUUAUGUGAAACUGUUAAAGAUUUUGUUGCCAAAGUAGGAGAAUCUUACAAGACUGAAGGCAAAGAAUCUGAUAUAUCUGAUAAAUGUAAUGUAUUAAAUGAAAAAUUAGAAAGUUUGCUCACAACAUUAGAAGAAGAAGCUCAAGCCUCUACUCAGGUACCAAAGAAGACAGAGCCUGAAGCUUGUAUAGGUUCUCCUGACAGAGAUAUAGUCCCAAAUGAAAUUACUACAAAUAUAACUAAUACCAAAUCUGCAAUAUUUAAACCAAGAGAUGCUUUAAUGUCUAGGGCCAAUAGUUUAAAGAAAGCUGUCCGACAAAUCAUUGAACAUACAGAAAGAGCUGUUGAUGAACAAAAUGCCCAAACACAACAGUAUCUGGAGAAUGAGUCCAGAUCUGUUGGAAGUACAGAAGAGUUGGACAAUAAUCACACUGGUUCCCUGUUAGCCGAUAACCAUACCUCAAGGUCAGCUCCAUCAUUCUCAGUGUUUACUUCUGAGGAAAUGCCACCACGAUUUCUGAUAAAGACCAGUAAAAUGGACAUGUCACCAAAGAUAUUACCUAUAUCAUCACGUAGAAUUAGUAGUAUGAGUACCUUAUCCAGUAUAGGUUCCAAUAUGUCUAAUAAAAGUUCCUCUAAAGAUAACAUUCCAAUGUCAUUAUUAGGGUUGCCUAUAGUGGAUUAUGGUGCAUUACCUAGUCUUAGUAGUAGUAUAGCAGCUAAAUUAGCUGGUGGUAGUUUUAUAAGUAAAGUUCUUUUAGCCAAUGCUGAUGCUUUGUGCGCUGCAGCCUCUCCUUUGAUGGAGGAAGAAAUUCCAUCGAGGGAGUAUAUUGAAAAAUGUGUAAUGAAUAAUUAUUUUGGAAUUGGUUUAGAUGCAAAAAUUUCCUUAGAUUUUCAAAAUAAACGAGAAGAACAUCCAGAAAAAUGCAGAAGUAGAACCAAAAAUUUUAUGUGGUAUGGUGUUCUUGGUGGAAAAGAAAUUUUACAAAGGACAUUCAAAAACUUAGAUCAACGAGUCCAGUUAGAAUGUGAUGGACAAAAAAUUCCUCUUCCUAGUCUACAAGGCAUUGUUAUACUUAAUAUUCCAAGUUACAUGGGAGGUGCUAAUUUCUGGGGAGGAACAAAAGAAAAAGAUACAUUUCAAGCCCCAAGUUUUGAUGACAAGAUUUUAGAAGUUGUGGCAGUGUUUGGUGGUAUGCAGAUGGCAGUCUCUAGAGUUUUAGAUAUACAACAUCAUAGAAUUGCUCAGUGUAGAACAGUAAAGAUAACAAUUAUUGGUGAUGAAGCUGUACCUGUACAAGUUGAUGGAGAGGCUUGGAACCAACCACCAGGUUAUAUCAGAAUUGUCCAUAAGAACAGAGCACAAAUGCUCACUAGAGACAGGGCAUUUGAGAAGACUUUAACACAAUGGUCAGAGAAAGAGAAACAGAAGAUAGAGAGACCAAGAAGUCCUCAAGCCAUUCCUCUGUCUGAGGAAGAAUCAAUAGUUUUACAGAGCUUUGUAGAGGCAGCAUCAUCCCUUAUAAAAUGUGUGAAAGUAGUUUCCAGGAAGUACAGUGCUGUUGAAGAGGACCUGUAUCCCCUAGCAACCCAGUCUUCAGAAUUCUUAGACAAUUUGUUUCCUUCAGGAAGAAUGGCUGAUCUUGAUACAGAUGAAACUGAAAUAAGCCAGCCAACAGUACGGAGUCAAGUAAUAGAUUUUAUACGUAGUGUACAACAUCUUUAUAACGAUACCAAUGUCUUUCUUACUGACAAAGCAGCUCUACUUAGACUUGAUUCAGAUGUGACGGAUCAACUUAGUAUGUGUUUAGCUCAGUUAGAUAUAGAAUUACAGAAGAUUUGUCAGAUAUUUAACCUUCCAUUCCAUACCCCAUCACCCUCCAUUUCUCAGGAAGAGCCCCUUACUCCAAAUAUAGAACAGAGUAAAAAAGGCAAACCUGGCAGAUUAAAGCAUGUCUAUAACAAACUGAAAGGCAAGAGUAAAGACAAAGAUAGCAAAGUUAACAUUCCAGUUUCGAGUAAUGUAUACACUUGGACAACAGAUGAUGUGGGUUUGUGGUUAGAAUCCUUAUCACUAGUAGAGUACAGAGAUUCAUUUAUAGGACAUGAAAUCAGGGGCACAGAACUCUUAUCACUAGAUAAAGGUGAUAUACAGGAUCUAGGAGUUCACAAAGUAGGCCAUUUGAAAAGAAUACAACAGGGGAUAAAGGAGUUAAAUAAUCGUAUGGCAGCUUUUGAGAAAUUGUCAUGACAAAAUAGUACAUAGUAGUUAAUGGUGUCAAGUCUAAUGUUAAUGUCCUAAAUGAGCAAUGUUCAGAUGUGAUAUCAUAUGUGGCACUGUCUAUGUCUUGUUGCAUCAGUGUACUACAUAUUUAUAUGUCACUUUAAUCUUUAAAUGCUGUAUUAGCUUACUAAAGACCAAAGUACUUAUUUAAACAAUUCUACCUAGUGAAUGAUAAUAAUUGGCCAGAAAUUUAGGGAAUUCAAAUAUUUUACAUCUUUUCAUCAUUGUAUGAGUUUAAUAAGCACCAAAGAAGUUAUUGAAAAAAUACUAGCUAGUGCAGGAUAAUAUUUGGCCAGAAAUUUACGGAAUUCAAAUGUUUUAUAUCUUUCCAUUGCUGUAUUAGCUUACUAAACACCAAAGUACUUAUUUCAAUAAGUGUACCUAGUGAAUGAUAAUAUUUGGCCAGAUUUUGGAGAUUUCAAUUUUUGAAAAUUAAGAAAAUUAACAUUUUUGCACGAAGAAGAUUCUGAAAGUUAAAUGUUAUUUGAUAAGAGAUAUAGUUUUUAUUCACCAUCUGAUUAAGUUUUACAAGUAACAUGGUUUUUAUAAAGAAUCUUUCAAGAUGAAUACACAUUGUUUCUGAAAAUGUGGUUGUUACCAUUUGAAAGUACUAAAAAGAUUUGAAAUACUAAACUUAAAGCAAUGCUAAAGACCACUCAUAUUUCUGUUUGAUUUGUUCAGAAAAAAAUUUCUUAAGGCUUUAUCUUUCAAUAUUUUGUCAGUAAAGCUCAAUUUGUUUUUUUCUGACUUAAAAAAUCAUAAUUGUGUUACAAUUUAAGUUACUAAAAAAACUGAAAUUAAUAUUAUCCACUUUAUGGAAUGGUCUGACAGAAGAUUUACCAGGCGUUGGUUCACUUAAUAUUGAUGUCAACAAUUGUCAACAGUAUUUCAAUCACAUGUCUGACAAAAAAGUUCUUUAAGUCCCCUAGUCAUAAGAACAAGAGUCCAUCAUAUAUAGUGAGUAAGAAUGGAUAGUAACAACUUCAGUUACUGUAUAGAAAUUAAGUAUUAGUACUUGUUUUCUCAAUGUAUAAAAAAAGUAAGUGAUAAAACUUGACACUAUUAAAAAAAACUCCUCUCAAGAGGCAAAACUCAGCAUUGUAUUGAUGUCAGCAUUUAGUGUUAAUGCUUUAAUAAGAUGUGUUUGUGCGUGUGUGACUUUAAUAAUUUUGUCCAUGUUUUAUGUGUAAAUUGUAUAUGAAAUGCAAAGACAUUUUUCUACUUUUUCAGAUAAUUGUCAUUUUUAAAUAGUAGCUAUUAAAUGUUAAAUAUUGUUGGGACCAAAGCAUUGUUUAUUUUUUGUACUAUUUUUUAUGAAUGAAAAUUAUUUGUAUUCAACUUAGAAUGGAUCUUAUAAGGUUCAGUUAACAAAUACUGAGUGUUUGUCUUCUUUGAAUUUGAAAUUAUAAGAAUUAAUUAUUCGAAAUUAAAAGAUGCUUUGUUUAUAUGUUUUCAAACAACAUUAUGGUAAAAUUUCAUAUUUUCAACUUUUGAUGAGUUGUCCUAAAUGAAACCAAAUUGAAGUGAAUGUACUUUAGUAAUAAGGGUUGAUGUGCCCAGUGGCAGUCUUUAAUAUUAUAACUAUUGCCAAAAGGAUAGCUUCUUUUAAUAAUACUUCUUAAAGAUUACAGUAAAUAUAUUGUUGCUUAUAGCUUGAGUAUAGUAUCUUUUAGUUUGCAUUUAGCCUAGUCAGUUAACUUUUUAUGGCAAAAUUGUGUUUUUAGUUAUGUUUUUGCUCAUAUUCAGAAUGUACCUUUCGAUUUGUGCCCCUUGAAAAUUAAUUAUCACAAUCAUUGCUGAUAAAGCAAUAGGAUAAGUGCAAUUUGAAAUUUGCUAACCAUUAAAAGGAUGAUCGUUGAGCUGAUCUUUUCUAUUAGUUUAUAAAAAUGUCCAAACACAGUCAUUUGCCGUGAUCAAAAUGGAAUAUGAGUUUUGUCUCAUCUAUGAACUUGAUGGACAUCUUAAUAUAUAAUACAAUCAGGUUGGCUGAUUUCGUUUGUCAAAUAAGUCUGGGCAUUUUGUAAACAUGCAAUUAUAUGAACAGACAAACAGAAUCACCAACCAGUAUUGUAAUUUUAAUAAAGAAAAAAAAUACCAACAUAGACAUUUACAAAUUUAAAGGAACUAUCAUAUAAAGAUAUAAUGGAUGGAGAGUUGUCUCAUUGGCACUCAUACCUCUUCUUCUUAUAUCUAUAAAUAGAAUGUGAAUAAAAACGGAUUUUCCCUUCUAUGUCAUUGUCCAUGUCAUUUGAUCUUUAAUCCUUGAUAAUGGUACUUUAUUAUUGAUCUCAUUUUAUUUUUGUAGCAUAGUAUAUAUGUCUGAUCAUUGUCAGACCAAAGAUUAUUAUUUGAUAUCUGUAAAUAUCUUUUGUUUGUAUAGUAGAGUUAUUUAUUUAUUUUUAUUUUUAUAAAAAUGGUACACAACAUGUGUUUUUUCUUUUCAUUUGCUUUGUUUUUGUUUGUUUGUUUGGGUUAAUUAUUUUAUUGAUAUCUCUUUUUUAUUUAAGUACAAUGAUUUGGUUAUUAUAUAUUUUGUUUUGUCUUAAAUUAUGAAAGCAACCAAAGGGUUCGUUUUUACUUGAUUGCCAGGCUUUUGCUCUUGUGAUAUCAGUUUCUCAGGAACUCCACAAAUUUGUAAACCAUUCUAUGAAAUAAAAGAUUGGUUUUGGAGAAGUAUGAAUGGUCCUUUUCAUAUCAUUAUAAUUGUAUUCAUGGAUUUAUUUCAUUUUAUUUGCUUUAAAAGGAUUUUACUAAUGGCAUAAUUUUGACCCCUCACAUUUUGGAUGUCACUUUAAUACUGAAUACUGUUUAUGAUUUUUUUAUUUUUUUUUUCAAAUAAAACAAGAUAAAUAUGAGUAGUUACUCUAGAUAUGGGGGAAAAAAUCUCAUAACCCUAACUUGUCUUGCACUUUUAUUUUUCAAGGAUCUCGACUUGCCAUUUAAAAGGUUUCAAAAUCUUGAAAAUGUAACUAUGAUCUUCCGUAAAUAUGGCUUUUCAGAUUGAUAACUUUCAGAACUAUAGUGAGUCUAUUAUGUUUCUGACUAAAAUUAUAGUUUCAAGAAAUGAGUAUCAAUAAUGAAAUAUGAUUUGAUAACUAUAGAUCUGAUUGAUUAUGAGGAUUUCUAAUUUUUUAUUUGAAUUAUUUUAAAAUUUUCUAAUACCAAAUCAUGGACUUAAGCAUUUCUGAUUAUAUUAUUAAGGAAUCAAGCAUUAAGAAUCUUAAAAGUCUUGCACAUUUAAUUUCCAAACUCUUAUUGUUUUCAGAAGAAGUAAAAAGGUAAAUGGUUUCGUCACAUAAAGCUGUCAUUGUUAAAAUUAGACACAAAAGUCCCUAAAGUAAAAAAAAAGCUCAGAUUGUAGUUUGUGUCUCUAUAUCAAUGUAAAAAAUCUUUGAAAACUGUAUCCAUUAUUUUUGUAAGCUGUAGAAAAAAUAAUUUGUCAUAAAUGAGAAAUAAUCCAGGAAUCAGUUUUAAUGGAACAUAGGGAUUUUAAUGCUUUGAAGUAAUGGUAAUAUGGUAAUGAACAUAAGACAGCAACAAAUGGAAGUUUUUUUAAUGACCUUGACUGGUUAUACAGCCCUUGCACUGUCGGCCCUGGCUUGCGCUUUUUGGGGCAUUUAAAUUAUUUCAUUUUUACCAUAUGGUAAUAAUAUAAGACAGCAUAUAUGCUCAACUAUAAGUAGUUAUUUUUGAUCACCUGAUCUUGACCUGCAGAUGGCCAGUAGUUAUGUAAAGGAUAUAGGGCAAUGGUUCAAAGGUCAGUAAAAUAAUGGUCUUAUUUGUAGUAAAAUAUAUAUAUACAUAUACUGUUUUGUAUUUGAAUAUUUAAAGUAUAUUAUUUCUAGAUCUGCACUAAAUUUAAUAUUUCAAUUUUUGAUGGCAACUAACAUAUCAGAUAGGUAAAACUUUCUGGAAAAUUGUGAAAUAUAGAAGACUUAAAAUUUCUUCAAGUUUUGCUAUUGUUUAUAGAUAAUUUGUUAGUGUAAACAUAUAUAAUACUGUUCUAAAGAAAUACUGGAUCAGACAAAAGUUUUUAACUUUAUAGCAAAGUCUUAUUCAAUAAUUAGUUUCCGAAGAUUUAGUUUACCUGGUAAAUUUUGAUACUUUUUACUUGUGUCCUAAAGUUUUUUGAGGACAGAUUGUCUUCUUUGAUAAUUUUAUCGAGCUUUAAGUGAUAUAAUCCUCUCAAAUAUCAAAAUCUGGUGACAGCUUAUAAAUUUUAAAAUUCAAAUAAAGUUAUAUAAUUUAAAAAAUGUAUUUCAAAGAUUAUAUCAGGUACUCCUGUUAUUGGAGGGAUUGUUUUGGAAAAGUUUACACAAAUAUAUUUAUUGAGCCUAGAAUAUGCAGGUUACAAAUAAACUAAAAGUGAAAAGCAAAAAUAAAAGUGCUUUGAUUUCUAGGAAGACAUUUAACACAGAAUAUUUUUUUUCGUCAUUGAAUUAAUUAGGCAAAAAUGCUCAAACAAGUUACAAUAAGUUCAUAACAAACUUUAAAAAAAAAAAUGAACAAGACUCCGUAAUUGAUUAAGUGUGGCUUUAUUCAAGUUAUCAGCAUUCCGUUUUACUGAUCAUGUCAGAUCAUUUUACCAAUGGGCUGUAAAUGCCCUCAAGCUGCAGGCCAGCUUUCAUGCAUUAAACCAAGAAAAAUCAUGCUAAUUAUGUGAAUAUUUGUUAUUGAUUAGCAUCAAACUGUGCUGAAGAUAUACACCAAUUUCUAGUUUGUCUCCCAUUGAAAAAAAAUAAUGUUUUUCAUGCAAUAUUUUAAAGGGUCCUUACUGUUCACAUUCAGUUCAACUAGUGCAAAACUAAGACGAGUUGAGAAAUCCAUGAACUAGAAAUUGGUGUAUUAAAAAUAUAUUCUUGCUGGUUCAAAAUUUGAAAUAAAAUAUACCUCAUUCAUGUAUAGUAACUACAUUUUGUCUAUGUUUUUUAAGUCUGUAAAACAUGUACUGUUGUCUGAUAUUGUGUAAAGCUUUUUGAUGUGUAUUUUUGUAAUGUAUCAAGUCUUGUUUGAAUUAAUCUUACAGUGGUCAUUAUUCCAAAGAUAAAGUAUAUCUAUGCAACUGCAUGCAGGAACCUGUAAUAAUUUUCUACCAGUUCAUCUUGGGCUGACAUACAGUUGGGCAUAAAUUAUGCAUAUUUUUUUUAGUUAUUUUUAGAUUGUCUAUUUAUGGAUUUUCAUUAAAGAUUUUAUAGCAUUUUACCCAAAAUGUAAGGAACUUUUCAUUAUUUAGGUUUGAACAUUUGUACGAUUCAAAUGACAGGUAGUAUAGCCUUAAAAGAUUUUUUCAACCGGCUACGAAAAAAGUCAAUUCAGAAAUUAAUGCUUGAUAUUUAUUAUUGCGAUUUUAUCUAAUAGACAAGAAUGUUGGUUAAUAAUUGCUAAAUUUGUGAUUUUGAAAUAAAAAAAUGCAUUCAGGUCUGUGGUUCAACAAUCUGAUUGCAAGUUUUUAUUAUUUCGAUACUCACCUAGUCAUAGUAUUUGCGUUGAUAAAGUCCUUGCAAUAAAUUCUGAAUUUACAAUGUUGGAACCAAAGUUCAUUGUUUGAAAUCACCAAUUAUGUUUGACCACUGAAAGAUUAGAAAAGAAAACUGUCCCUUACUAUUUGUACAUAUGUUCUUUUUACCUAAGUCUUUCCAUACAGUUAUUUUCAUUGAGAACAAAUUUAUUGCCCUUGUUGAAUUUUAUAUAGGAUUACAGAUGAUGUCCAUGUAUCUUGAAGAAAUUAUUUUGUCUUUUAUGGAUAGAUAACUAUUUGAAAUGUCUUUUAAGUCCCCUUGUAUGUGUAAAUGUAUAUCUACAUCUAUUUUUAAAUAUGUGUGCUUAUUAAAAAAGUCUUCUCAUGACACCAGGCGUCAAUAAAACUUUUUAAACUGGUAUGUUUAUUUAAACUGCAAAAUCAAACUACGAAACUAAAUAGAGCAUAAAUCAUAUUCAAUAGUCAAUUUUCUUACAAAGGUGGUGUAUUAUAAUAAUUUUAUCAGUGAAACCUUAAUUCUUCAAGUGGACAUAACGUACAUUUGAUAUAAAUUCAACUUAAUAAAUCAAUUUCACACGACAAAUAUUUUCUGUCAAUAUCAAAACUUUUUUUUAAUUUUCUGGAUACAAUUCCAAUGGACCUAAAUGUUUACACGAAAAAUUUGUUAACAUUAGCAUAGUUUAUUGUGUAAUAUAUACCAUUCAUGAUGAACAUGCAUAAAACCUUUUUAUCCUUUUUGAUCCUAUCUCUAGCAAGUUUUAAAGAUUUGGGUCAAGAUCCAUGUAGUAAUGUUGAAAAUCUUUCUAUAUAAGAUAGUUCUUUCUAACAUUUAUUUGAUUUUUGAUUUUUGUGCAAAAAAAGCCAAUCUAUUUAAAUCUACAGUGACUUUUACUUAUUUUCAAGCCCACUAAAGUUUUUUUCGUGCAGUUUUGGUAAUCAAUGGCAAAUUUUGUUUAUUUAGUUCUACCCAAUAAAGACAAAAUAUUUCUCAAGAUAGUAUGUAUAUGUAUGAUCUAUAGUAUGUGAUAAGGAAUAUUCAUGUAAAAUUCUUACUACUUAAGUUAGACAAACAUUAUUUUUCAUAAAUUUCAUAGUUAUAACUUUAACGAAGGUUAAGGUUAGUUUCAUUAUACUGCCAGGUUGAACCAAACCUAGUUUAAUAGUUUGUAGAGGUCCAUCUAAAAUUAUUAUAACAACCUGCUGGUCAACUAGAGUGGGUGUCAGAGCCUCUGACUACCAGUAAUGUAGUUAUCAAGCCUCUGAUUAAACUCUCCUUAUAAAACCAAACAGGAUGAUUAUCUUCCAAAUUUGUGCAUGAUGUCCUACUUUUUACCGAAGAUAAACUUUAGAGUAUUUGGUUUCAUCAUUUUUCAACGUAUUUACUAAUUUUACCCAUAAAAGGUUGAAAAAUCCUUUUAGAAUCAUGUGAAUUACGGGAGACUUUCUGGGUAGUAUUAACAGCAUUUUAAUAAAUACAUACUGUAGAUCAUACAGAAGAUAAUGUGCAAGUUUAUAUUUGUUACAGAUAUUGUAUGUAAGAAAAGACACAGAUUUUCUACCUUUGUAUGAUAAUUGUUAAACCUUAGUGUUAAUAUUUUAAUGUAUUUUAUGCUUUUGAAAUGUUUUCUACAAUAUUUUGUUGUUUUUUUCACAGUUAAAGUUUAUGCAUUCAUCUAGUGUCAAACUGUGAUUUUUUUAAUUGAAAAUCUGUAGACCCAUAAAUAUUGUUCCUUUCAAAAUGUCAUAAAAACAAUAAAAAUUUACAAGAU